GCCUUAAAACCCGGUGCACACCGCCCAGCCGCGCCCCGUCUGGCGCACCUCUUCUCUCUCUAUCGUCAGCCGCAGCCGCUCUCCCGGCCCUGGUCCCGGCACCAUGAGCUUCGGCUCGGAGCACUACCUGUGCGCCUCCUCCUCCUACCGCAAGGUGUUUGGAGAUGGCUCUCGCCUGUCCUCGCGCCUCUCCAGCGCGGGUGGCGCGGGUAGCUUCCGCUCGCAGUCUCUAUCCCGCUGCAAUGUGACCUCCUCGGCCGCCUGCUCCUCGGCCUCGUCGCUUGGCCUGGGCCUGGCCUACCGCCGGCCCCCGGCGUCCGACGGGCUGGACCUGAGUCAGGCGGCGGCGCGCACCAACGAGUACAAGAUCAUCCGCACCAAUGAGAAGGAGCAGCUGCAGGGCCUCAACGACCGCUUCGCAGUAUUCAUCGAGAAGGUGCAUCAGCUGGAGACGCAGAACCGCGCGCUCGAGGCCGAGCUGGCCGCGCUGCGGCAGCGCCACGCCGAACCGUCGCGCGUCGGCGAGCUCUUCCAGCGCGAGCUGCGCGACCUGCGCGCGCAGCUGGAGGAAGCGAGCUCGGCGCGCGCGCAGGCCCUGCUCGAGCGCGACGGGCUGGCCGAGGAGGUGCAGCGGCUUCGGGCGCGCUGCGAGGAGGAAAGCCGAGGGCGCGAAGGCGCCGAACGCGCCCUGAAGGCGCAGCAGCGCGACGUGGACGGCGCCACGCUGGCCCGCCUGGACCUGGAGAAGAAGGUGGAGUCGCUGCUGGACGAGCUGGCCUUCGUGCGCCAGGUGCACGACGAGGAGGUGGCCGAGCUGCUGGCCACGCUGCAGGCAUCGUCGCAGGCCGCGGCCGAGGUAGAUGUGGCUGUGGCCAAACCAGACCUGAGUUCGGCGCUGAGGGAGAUCCGCGCCCAAUAUGAGUCCCUGGCUGCCAAGAACCUCCAGUCAGCCGAGGAGUGGUACAAGUCCAAGUUUGCCAACCUGAACGAGCAGGCAGCGCGCAGCACCGAGGCCAUCCGGGCAAGCCGCGAGGAGAUUCACGAAUACCGGCGUCAGCUGCAGGCACGCACCAUCGAGAUUGAGGGGCUGCGUGGGGCCAACGAGUCCUUGGAGAGGCAGAUCCUGGAGCUGGAGGAGCGGCACAGUGCAGAGGUGGCUAGCUACCAGGAUAGCAUUGGGCAGCUGGAGAAUGAUCUGAGGAACACCAAGAGUGAGAUGGCGCGCCACCUUCGGGAAUACCAGGACUUGCUCAAUGUCAAAAUGGCUCUUGAUAUUGAGAUAGCAGCUUACAGGAAACUACUGGAAGGCGAGGAGACACGUUUUAGCACCAGUGGAUUAAGCAUUUCAGGGCUGAAUCCACCCCCCAAUCCAGCUUAUCUGCUCCCACCUAGAAUCCUCAGUUCUACAACCUCCAAAGUCUCAUCCACUGGGCUGUCUCUUAAGAAAGAGGAGGAGGGGGAGGAGGCUUCUAAGGCAGCCUCAAAGAAAACCUCCCAGAUAGGGGAAAGUUUUGAAGAAAUACUGGAGGAGACAGUAAUAUCUACUAAGAAAACCGAGAAAUCAGUUAUAGAAGAAAGCACCACUUCAAGCCAAAAAAUAUAAUUCUGUUGCUAAAAAAAAAAAAAAGUUAAUGCUUAAGAGGGGAUAAUAUGCAUUUGACUUGUUAAAGAGCCUAUUCCUGAACCAAAACACCUGUCACCACUGUAAAAUGUCUUCAAGGCUUCAGUCUCCUAUUUAGCAUUGAAUACUUCACUUUUUCUAAUAAGAAAACCACCCCUUAGGUUGGAGCAAAGUGCAGUCCUAGAGCAAAUCAUAGAGGAGUUAUCUAAGAACUCAGCUUUCUCACCUAAAGCUCAGGCUUCACAGCAUUAGAUGAUUCAGGUACAGAGGAAGUACAAACUAAGGUGCUAAAUCUGUGAUCAUCGUCAUUUGCUGUGAAUUGAAAUUAAAACUUAUAUUCGCUCACUAUACCCAGACAUCAUCCAGCUAUGUAGUCUCAUUCUAGGUACCGAAAACAUAAGAUCACUGCCAAAGAUAAACCAAUGGUUCGCAUCCGGCACCACUCCGACAAAACUGUUUCACCAGUGAUGGGUGUUUGUUUAACACCAUUUCCUCCUACCCCUCGCAAUUCCAUCUAUCCUAUUCUUCCAUUCAGGAAAAAAAAAAGGCUAGUGUAGUAUUCUUCCCCCUUAAACACAGUUAGGUUCUUCUCAAAAGAACUUACCCCCUUUAGCUCUCUUUGUUCAAUGGGUAAAAUUAGAUGCAUGUUGACCAUUUCUGUGAUUCGUGUAAUGACUUCUCCCUGCCCAUUCCAUGUCCUUCCAAUUCUGUAAGUAAAGAAAAAUGGCAGUGAUGAGUUUUAAGGGUUGUCCCCAACAAAUAAUGAAAAGAGUCCCUAGAUUUUAGGCUUUCAGCUUAUUCAAAUCCAUUUAAUUAGCGGGGGGGGGGGGAAAGUAUUAAGAAUGUAGUUUGUUCACUUUAACUUUAGAAACACGGUCAUAGUGCCCCAAGCUGUGAUUAAGCUGACCUUAGAUUUAGUAGUAGAAGCUAGAAGAGGGGUGAGUAUUUGUGUGAAUGGAAAAAGCCAAGGUCUCAUUGAUCUGUGUGAGUUCGUUUGUGGUGAUCUAGAAUUAGCUGUUUCAUGCCCUUAAGCUUAGAACCCACAGAGCCCCUUUCCCACUGUCUCGGUCCUAAAGAGGACUUGCUUUCACUCUCCUCUGCCUUUUAAGAGUGCUAAGCAUAAUUAUGUUAUCACCAGGACACAAUGCUACUGCCCAAAAGUAAAAGGAAUUGCCUCUGGUCAAUCAACACCACCAGCAAACAAAAAAUCUUUCUCGUUUCUAAAAGAGCCCUGCCCCACGGUUUUCCCAUUGCUGCAUGCUUGGUGGGGUCUCCUUUCCCUACUGGGGAGGCAGCGCUGCUCGGCGUGGGGAAGGGCACCCAUGCUCCUACUCAUGCGCAAGAAGUACACUCUGGAGAGUCCGCUUUUUCAUCUGCCCAACCGUGUUAGCAGCCGCAUCGCCCUGUCUUCCACAUGUGCCAAGUUUGAUGUAGGGCUAAUUCUCUCCUGCAGUCCCUUCCCGCAGACCUAAAGAGUUGCCGUGUCUCUGUCACACACCUCCAUUGCAAGUGCUGUUGUGACAGGUCGUGAUGCUUUUACUGGACUUUCUUAUCCUAGGACCUGCUUCAGUGGUUCGAGGAACUGGAAAGAUACUUUCUCUUCUUCCUUUCCCUCACUCCAUCCCUGUCUUUACUCCCCACACUUACUGUAACACAUUAGUAAGAUAAGAAUUAAAAGUCACACGAAUCCCACCAACA